AUGAGCGAGGAUGUUGACGUCCAGUUGGCUGCUGCGGCUCCCCCUGCGUUCCCCAGCAGUCCUCCUGAUGGUGUGGCUCCUCCUCCGGGUCUUCCGGUGCCAUUGGCUGAUCUUCCUGCCCCUGUCGCUGUCACAGCUGCUCCCGGGGGUCUUCCAGAUGGUCUCUGCGUGUCGUCGACGUCUUCGUCUUCCUCGUCUCCUGCUGCUGCAUCUGGCCCUGCGCCUUCGCUGGGUGUUUCGGCUGAGCUGGAAGGUUCUCCGCAGUGGGGGGUGAUCGCUCCUACGAACGUAGGUGGUGUGGGUGCUGGUGCGGGACACGACUUUGUGUUGUUGCUGAAGAAGGAUGUUCAGCGUGGGGGGCCCCUGCAGGUGACACGUCCGAUGGUUGCCGCAGAGCCCUGUGGACCUGCCAAGGAGGCUGCGAGAUUUCAAAACAUUAAAACUAACUAA